ACCUUCCCUCCUCUCAUGUAAGAAGCAAGAGAAAGAGUCACACGAGUGAGCAGUCAGUCAUACACAGGUACACAGGAUACUGAGGUUGGUUGAGAGACCGUGUGAGAGAGAGAGAGAGAGCGCAAGAGAGAGGACAAGAGACGGGGAACAGCCACUGGUUGCUUACAGACGCUCAAGCUUUCAAGGAGGGCAAAGACAGCCUGACCUAUGUGUGGCUCCUCUCAAGGCUUCACAGCCUCCUCCUCUCAGCGCAGCACAGCCAUGUUAACCUCAGAAGGGUCACCGCAAAGCACAGGGGUCAUCACAGCAGCAAUGCCAGACACACAGGAUGUAGACAUGACAUCAUGGAGGGAGACAGACUUUGAGGAGAAGUGCACUUACAUCGUGAAUGACCAACCUCUGGAAGAAGAGUCCGAAAACCACAGCAGGACACGGGCCGAGAGAUCCUUACCCAGAAACCUGGCCCUGAAACGCCACCUGAACUCAGCAGAGGUGCUCGGGGUGACCAGUAAGGAGUUGAUUCCUAAAGGGACACGUUUCGGGCCUCUGGUGGGAGAAAGCUACACCAACGAAACACUGUUGAAAGAUGCCAACAGGAAGUACUUUUGGAGGGUCUUCUCUGAGGGGCACUUACACCACAUCCUGGAUGGUUUGAAUGAGGAACGGAGCAAUUGGAUGCGUUAUGUCAACCCAGCCUGUGGUGUGGAGAAGCAGAACUUGGUUGCAUGCCAGAGUGGUUUGGACAUCUACUUCUACACCAUCAAACCACUUCAGCCUGGCCAGGAGCUUCUGGUGUGGUACUGCCCUGAAUUUGCGCAGCGCUGUAACUACCCUCCACUGGGCCACCUGACUAUUGAAACUAUUGAGCAGAGUCAAGCUUUGGAGAAGACAACAGGGAAACGAGGACACAGCGUCUCUGAAAUCCUUCGGGACGAGCCCUCCAAAACCCUGACUACUUGCCCCAGACGUCUGGACAGUCCCUUAUCUCAGAACAACCUCUCAGUUUUUCCCCUGUGUCCCCGUGUUGUCUACCCUAUCAAGCCCCACACAGAAGGAAUCCACAGCCAUAGAUACGCACCUCUACCAUCUCUGCCAUCCUGUGGCCCUUCAGCCACGAAAAGGCCAGCUUUAAGUAGUCCUGUCCCCACCAGUUCACGCUUCAGCUUUCAGCAUAGUCAAACCCCUGUUAUAGCCAAACCUUACCAAGAGCCCUCUGUGCCUGAUUGUGUUUAUCCUGCUCUGAGGCACAAUCCCUAUCUCCUGCCUCACUACUCACUUGGCCUAAACAGCAUUCUACCUCACCCAUACCCGUUCUAUAGUGAUCGACUGAAAUCUCACUUAACAUUCUCAUCCCAUUUUCUGCCUUUUGAUGGCUAUGCACACCUCCUCAACCCUCGGGCCAAUGGACACAAAGACUUUUCACUUGCACUAUCAGAUACCAAACAAGACCUCAUUCUUUCACCAAUCAGUGAGCACAAAGACAACAAGAACCUCAUAUCUAAAAGGACAAACUACCUCAGGAUCCCCUCAGACAACCUCAGAGAUUUCAAACACUCUCCUCCCAUCAACAUCCACCCAGACCUCCCUAUACCUUCAACAUCCAGUGCCUCAUCUAUGGUCACCUCACUCUGCGGAGCACUGCCCUCUCUUGCACCUGGAGGAUGCUCACCACCGCUGGGCACAGCUGUCUCCUCAGACUGUCUCCCCUCAAAGCCCACCCCUGCCACGCAUAGCAAUACUGUGGAUGCAAUGGACCUCAGAAAGACUAAACAUGGAGGGCAGGUCAUUGGCUACAAGACCUUGUCUUACCCCCUCACCAGGCAGAACGGAAAGAUCCGGUAUGAGUGCAACGUCUGUGGAAAGGUCUUUGGGCAGCUGUCCAACCUCAAGGUUCAUCUGCGAGUGCACAGUGGAGAGCGUCCCUUCAGGUGUCAAACCUGCAACAAGAACUUCACACAGCUGGCUCACCUGCAGAAACACUACCUGGUCCACACAGGAGAGAAGCCUCAUGAAUGCAAGGUAUGCCAUAAGCGAUUCAGCAGCACCAGUAACUUGAAGACCCACCAGCGGCUACACUCAGGUGAGAGGCCUUACCAGUGCAAGCUCUGCCCAGCCCGGUUUACUCAGUUCGUCCACCUGAAGCUCCACAAACGCCUCCACACCGGGGAGCGACCUCACCGGUGCCCUCGCUGCCCCUGUGCCUAUCUCCAUUACUGCAGCCUCCAGGUGCACCUCCAAGGCUUCUGCCCCCUCUCCCCCUCAGUCUCCCACAGACACUCGCCAGAGGAGCUACACAGAGUCAACUCUGAGAUCGAGAGGUUUGACAUGAGCGAGGCAGCAGAGCAACUUGAGGCCAUGGCUGUGGAGGCCAAGAUGGACAAGGGGAAUGUUAUUGACCUGAUAAAGAAGAUGGAGACUCAUACCUCUGGCUACCAGGAUGAUGCCAGAGGGGACACUGAGUUAAGCAUCUACAAAUCAGCAAAGGAGUAUUCUGCUGUUCAGCUGCAUCAUAGUCCUCUACCUCUGCAUCCGACCAGCAUCAAGCUGGAGUCAGGUUGCAUGUCAGAGCCCUAAGACAGCCUUGCUAAUCCAGCCAUAUAAUCCUUACAGGUCAACUAAGCAGCUGUCUGUCACUGCCCUAUUUGAAGUAAAGCCUUAUCUCAAUCAUGGAUUGCCUAGCCUAUACUCUACAGAGACUGUGGUGUGUGAAGAAUCAAGACUCUUCCAGCAUGGCCUGGGACCAGUGACUUGAUUGAUUUAAUGUAUACAAUUUUGUUAAUUUAUUACAUUUCUAUUCUUAAUAUAAGAUUCAUACAGAAAUUUGUGAAAUUUUCUGCUUCUUGUUUUGUAUCUCUGAAAUGUCUUUAUGGAACAUCAACUAAACAUGAUGAUGCAUAAACAGUUCGCCUUUAUUUGUGGUUGCACAGUGCAAAAAUGAGUGUCUCUGUCUGUUUGCGUAUCUAUGACUGUCUUCUAAUUAAAGUGACAAUUACUGUGCGGCAUGACUAUAUAAUGUAAAUGAGCAAAGUGCAGAAGUGAUAACACAGAGGAAACUAUAGUUGGCUGUGUGUCACAUAUACUGUACAUAUUGGGUGAGGGUUUAGUGUGCUGAUGUGGGAAGUUGGUGACGUAGAUAAACAUCCUGUUAUGAGUC